AUGGUGUCCUGGAUCAUCUCCCGCCUGGUCGUGCUCAUCUUCGGCACGCUCUACCCGGCCUACUCCUCCUACAAGGCCGUGAAGACGAAAAACGUGAAGGAAUACGUGAAAUGGAUGAUGUACUGGAUCGUCUUCGCCUUCUUCACCACGGCCGAGACCCUCACCGAUAUCGUGCUGUCCUGGUUCCCCUUUUACUUCGAGCUGAAGAUCGCGUUCGUCAUCUGGCUGCUCUCCCCGUACACUAAGGGCUCCAGCGUGCUCUACCGCAAGUUUGUCCACCCGACGCUCUCUAACAAGGAGAAGGAGAUCGACGAGUACAUCACGCAGGCCCGAGACAAGAGCUACGAGACCAUGAUGCGGGUGGGGAAGAGGGGUCUCAACCUGGCGGCCAACGCGGCCGUCACCGCCGCCGCCAAGGGGCAGGGCGUGCUGUCGGAGAAGCUGCGCAGUUUCAGCAUGCAGGACCUGACCCUCCUCCGGGAAGACGACGAGGGGUCGUCCGGUGCGGACCCCCACCUCCGACACGCGCCCCCCCGCCUCCCGGACACCAGCCAACACCUGGCGCCGUCCUGUCCGUCUCCCGCGGAGGAGCCCGGCCUGAGCCUGCGGUCCAGAGGGAGCCAGUCUCCCGACGCCCGGACCGAGGCCUCCGAGGAUGACACAGGAGACAAGGGCCCCAAGAGGCUCAAGUCCAUGAAGAAAGUGGCCAAGGCUGAGCCUGCGGCCAAGGCCCUGAAGAGCCGCCCCAAGAGGAAGGUGUCCGGAGGCGGCGAUUCGGCCUGAGGACGCGAAGAGGGAGUCCCCGCCGCCGCCCCCGGACCCCGGACCCCGGACCCCGGACCCGCAGUUCCCGACCCUGGCCGGGCUGUUUACACGGACAAGCUGCUGUAGCGCUCUCUCGCGCGCGCCCCUACUCCCGGGGGGCUACCGGACCCGGGCCCCCCAUCCCUUUUCCCUCCCGACGCCGGACACGGUGGAUCCCCUGGGGUCACGGGGUCAACAGGGCCGACCCCUUUGUCCCAGGCCCACCGGGCCCACCUGCGCGGGGCGGGCGGAGCUGGGGAGGGCUCCCUGGGCCCUGGGGGGUGACCCUACCCUGCCCGUCAGCCCCGAGGGAUCCCAAGGGUCCCCAGCCUCCGGCCCCCCGGCUCGGGGGGGACGGGGAAGGCGAGACUAACCCCCUCUCCGAGGGUCACGGAGCCCGGUGGGCGACUGGAGGAGCAAAGCGGUGGUCGCCGGAGAUUCUAGGGAUCACGAGGACCCUCCCCUCCCGCUCCCUCAGUGCCUUGCAGGAAGCCACCUCCUGGGUCCAGGCCCCCCCACCCCAUCAGACCACCCCCCCACGCCCUUCCUGCCCUCCCUCUCCUCCUCCCUGCAUCCUCAUUAAACCCAUCCGCACCCUC